AUGCGUCAUUUGCAGGCGCGGAUGGGUGUGAACUCGGUUUUUGUGCCUCUCUCGUACACGAGCGAGAGCGACACGUUGGUUUUCUCCAGUCGGUCGGACGCGUUCAAAGUAGAUGUAACAUGGCGAUUCGUGACGAAUGCUGAGGAUAUUACUGUGGAGUCGCGAAGUUGUAGCUUAGAAUCGGAUCGAGAUAUCCCCAACAUCACUGCAUUGACAAGCGUUAUUGCAAUUACAAAUACGCUCUUUGUUGCUUAA